CUGCCCUGCUACACGGUCCCCUGCCAAGAUCCAUCUUCCCGGUUACGCCGCCUGAUCGAAGUGAACAAGCAAGGAAGAGCCAUGGCGAGCGAGCACGCGGCGGGGGGCGAGGCUAAGCAUGACCAGAAGCAGAGCCUGAUGGACAAGGCGAAGGGGUUCGUCGCGGAGAAGAUCGCGCACAUCCCCAAGCCCGAGGCGACGCUGGACGGCGUGACGUUCAAGGGCCUGAGCCGGGAGUGCAUCACGCUGCACAGCAGCGUGAACGUGUCCAACCCCUACGACCACCGCCUCCCCAUCUGCGAGGUGACCUACACGCUCCGGUGCGCCGGCAAGGAGGUGGCGUCCGGCACCAUGCCGGACCCCGGCUGGAUCGCCGCCAGCGGCUCCACCGCGCUGGAGAUCCCCGCCAAGGUGCCCUACGACUUCCUCGUCUCCCUCGUCAGGGACGUCGGCCGGGACUGGGACAUCGACUACGAGCUCCAGGUCGGGCUCACCGUCGACCUCCCCAUCGUCGGCAACUUCACCAUCCCGCUCUCCACCUCUGGCGAGUUCAAGCUCCCCACCCUCAAGGACUUGUUCUGAUCUAGUAGUAGCUCGCUUGCCUUGUGUUCUGUGCGGGCGCGCACCAGCGAUCUGUACGACGAGCUUUUGCAAAUAAACGACGCAGCUCCUCUGUUCUAU